AUGGCACCUACCUGGGAAAUACAAGCUCGCAAAGCUCGCGACAUUCUCCAACAGUCCAUUCCAAAACAAUGGAUGGUGCCGGCUAGCCAGUUACCUCCUACAACCCAGCUUAAUGUGGCGGGUUUCCCGCGUACAAGCGGGAUCUUUACGGACAAGGAGCUUGCUAUAACGGAAAUGUCCGCCACAGCUCUUGUGGAUGUGAUGGGAAAGGGCCAGCUCAGUGCCGAAGAAGUAGUUGUGGCCUUCCUGAAGAGAUCUGUCGUGGGCCAUCAGCUGCUCAACUUCGCUACAGAGUUCAUGGCUGAGAAGGCCGUUUCGCGAGCCAAAGAGCUAGAUGGGUACUAUAGGAAGACUGGAAAGCUGGUUGGACCUUUGCAUGGUGUUCCCAUCAGUGUCAAGGAGCAAAUCGGAAUUAAAGACCUGACCUUGAAUGGAGGUUACGCUGCCUGGGUUGACGACAUUGCGACAGAAGACGCCCUUCUCCUACAAUGUCUUGAGAAGGCGGGUGCAAUCUUCCAUGUGCGAACGAAUCAGCCUCAGUCUCUCAUGCAUUUGUGCUGCAGUAACAACCUCACUGGAACAACUUUGAACCCGUACAACCGCUUGCUUACGCCAGGCGGGUCUUCAGGAGGGGAGGGCGCAUCUAUGGGCUUUAAAUGUGCUCCGCUAGGCAUUGGAACUGAUAUAGGUGGCUCAAUCAGAUGCCCUGCGGCGUUCUGCAACGGAUAUGGCUUUCGUCCAACAGCACGACGAAACCCGAUCAUUGGGCUCAAGGCCCCUGAGCCGGGCCAGGAAUCAAUUCUCGGAGUAGUUGGUCCGCUUUCUAGCCAAUCUAUCCAAGAUUUAGACUUGUUUCAACGUGCAGUCCUUGAUCAGGAGCCAUGGGAUAUAGAAACGUCGUUGGUGCCAGUACCUUGGAAGAGUGUCAGGCCAACAAAUAAUAUGACGGUGGCUAUUAUGUGGGACGAUGGCUGUGUUCGUCCGCAUCCCCCAGUGCUCAGAGCUUUGAAGCAUGCCCAGAAGAAGCUUCAGGGCAUCGGUAUCAAAGUGGUUAACUGGGAACCUUACAAACAUGGCCACGGUUGGGAUAUUAUAUCUUCUCUAUACUUCCCAGAUGCAGCCGCCAGCCAGCGUGCGCUCAUUGCGCAAACAGGUGAACCGAUUCUUCCUCUCACUGAAUGGGCCUUCCAAUAUAGUCGUCCUACACCAUUGGCCGUGGGUGAGGGCUGGGAGUUGAACUACCAACGGGACAUCUAUCGAGACGAAUAUCAUGCGCUUAUGAAAUCUCGGGGAGUAGAUUUCAUUCUUUGUCCUGCAUAUGUCGGAGUUGCGCCUGUUCUGGGUGAAUCCCAUUAUUGGAAUUACACUGCAAUUUGGAAUAUCCUAGACCAGCCUGCUGCGGUAUUCCCCAGUGGGUUGAAUGUAGACCCGCAGCUGGACGCUGUAGACAAGUCUUACCAGCCACGGACUGCAGUGGACGAGAGAGAAUGGAAAAAGUAUGCCCCCGAGAGGUACAUCGGCGCACCGAUUGGACUACAGCUGGUUGGAAGGCACUUCAAGGAUGAGGAAACGCUGGCAGCUGCUAGCUUGGUUUCGACUACAUUGGAGGAUCAGAUGUUUUUCAAGGCUCUGGAUCUGACCACCGCGCUCCGUCCGUUACUAUUGCCCGAUGAGACACUGCUCUUUGUCCAGGAUGCGGUGGGGUUGUACGAAGGCAAAUAUAAGGUCGCCAACUACCAAAAUGGCCAUGCGUACCUCACGUCACACCGAGUUUGCUACGUCGCCGCAGGGUUUUGGAAAUCGUCAGCGAAGGUUAUCAUAUACCCCAAGCCGCCCAAGAACAUAGACGGGCCCCGAGGCUCGGGUGCAAGCCCAUCGCGGUCGCUACCAUUGAGGACACAGUUAGUCGGCACACAGUCAUCCUUCCCUCAGACAUCGUCAUCUAGCUAUACUCCUCCCCCGCCGAAGCCUGUGAAUGCGACAUGGGUUUGUCCAAUAUGCUCGUUCUCCAACCCAGUGCCGUCGAAUUUCGACCCCUCUACGGCCACUAACUCUACACCAAUUCCUCCUUGUCUCGCUUGUGGAAUAAAGCCUCCGUUUACAACGAUUCUGAAGGCUGCAAUUGCUGCGGCGACAAGUCGGGAAAGCCCGGCUAUAACACCCUCAACGUCUCAGCCCGGGCAAGGAACUCCAACGGAGGGAACUGGGCUUACAAGUACAUCGAAUGGCAGUGGCUCGGUGAUGUGCUCGCGCUGUACCUUCAUAAACCACCCUUCCCUUCUUGAGUGUGAGAUAUGUGGUGCAUCUUUAUCGACUGUCAACGCGUUGCGGGGCCCCGAUAACCAGGACAGAUCGGAAUCUCCGGCGCCGUUUUUCGAGGAGGGGAAUAUUCGGAACACUGAUGUCAGCGAUCACAUAAAACUUUCAUUUCGAGGAGGCGGCGAGAAAAUCUUCCUUGAGAGACUCAGGGGAGCGUUGGUUCAGCGGAAAUGGCUGCUUUACAACGCACCCCCUGCCCCGCAGCAACCAUCGCAGUCGAAGCCAACAUCGUCGCCAGAUCCGACAGGUGUAUCUACUGGUCUAGACACACCCACUCAGACUCGAUCGCCUGGUGUUGGAAUUGCCGGCUUGGAAAGACGAGGGCUUGAGGCUCGCAAAAACAACGAGCUCGUGAUUGGAAAUGCGUUCGAGGAUUUGGAGGCGCUCAUGGCGUCUGCAAAACAAAUUGUUGCAUUGGCCGAAACAUUGGCUAGAGAAUCAGGCAUGGCCAGCGAUGAAACUUCGGCGGAAACUAGCGCAGUUCUCUCUGAAUCUGCUGCCGCUCUUGGGAUGGUUACGACGAAGGAUAUGCUCGGAUCCAGUGCAGGCAACCUAUAUUUAUCCGAGCUAUCGCGAAACUUAGCCGAAUAUCUCACUGAUGAUCGGAAGGGCGUCCUCCAGAAAGAAGGUGGGAUUAUGAGUCUUAUUGACCUCUGGGCAGUGUUCAAUCGCUCCCGAAAUGGGGUUGAGUUGGUAAGUCCUUCAGACUUUCAAAGAGCGGCUGAGCUCUGGGAGAAGCUUAAGCUACCUGUUCGACUUCGGCGGUUUAAGAGCGGUCUCCUAGUAGUCCAAAGAUACGACUGGAGCGAUGAAAAGACCCUUCGCCAGCUCCAGGACUGGAUGGCCAAUCUCCGACAGGUUCCGCCUCCAGAACCCGUUCCCUGGGACUGGCGCUUGUUUGGACAACCGGUGACAGCUCAGGGGGCAGCCCAACGUUUCGGAUGGAGCGUGGGAGUGGCAGCUGAAGAAUUAGAGAUGGCAGAGGACAAGGGCAUCAUCUGCAGAGAAGAGGGCAUUGAGGGGUUGAAGUUUUGGACGAACUUUAUUACAUUCGAUCCGACGCCCGCUAACCCUAAUGGCUUGGCUAUCUCGACCUUGGAGAUCUAA